AUUCAACAGGGUGACCCAAGUCAUGACAACAAGAUUUUUACCCUAGCGACACUCCUUUGCAACUGUUUAGUUUACAACAUGAAGGGAGCAUUUGAUAACGACGCCGUCGCUAAACUCACAUUUGUAACAGAAAUGGCAAAUAAUAUAAGAUUUCGAGGAAAAUCUUCUGAGGAUAACCAGGUGAUCAAGCUUAUACUUCCUGACUUUGUUCUCUGUUUGAGAGAUUUCAGUCUAAAAUUGAUAAAAGAUGGGAAAAAGAUAACAGAAAACGAUUAUCUUGAGCAAAGUUUAGCGGAGAACAAAAGCAGAGCAGAACAGUUCAACAAACCAAGAGCAUGCAUCAAAAACAACUUCCCGAAACGCGAGUGCUUUGCUUUCCCAGCUCCAGGUGAUAGUGAAGUUCUUGAGAAUCUUGAAACGUUGAGUUUUACCCAUUUAUCUACUAGGUUCCAGGAAGUAACAACUCGGUUUACAUCCUAUAUAUACAACAUGCCACCAAAGGAAUUGCUUGGCAGUAAACCAAUAAAUGGACAAAUGUUCGUAACAUUGGCUGACCACUACGUUACAGCUAUCAUAAACGGUGCUGUUCCAGAUGUUGAUGAUGCAUUUACAGCUGUAGCGAAAAUGGAAAAUGCUAAAAUUGAAAAAAGGCUCUAGAUUUCUUUGAAAUUGAAAUGAAAAAAGUAAUGCUGCCAGUCUCUGAAAGUGAUUUGGGGGAACGUUACACAACCGCACAAAAGAUAGCUCUUGAUCAUCUUCGACAGAAUGUUAUUCAUGACUUUAAAGCGAAAUGUCAAUUUCAAGCGCAG